UCGUCUGUGCACCACAUUCCCUCUCCUUCCAGCAAAAAGACUCUCUCCUCUGCACCCCAGCAAUGACGUCCUUCAGCAGCCGUAGUUUUGUGUCUUCUGGAGGAGGCUUCGGUGGAAGCUCCCUGCGGGGUGCUUCUCUAGGAAGCAUGUCUCGGUCUUCACUGAUGGGCGUCGGAGGCGGUGGACGCGCCAGCGCCAUGCAUGGUGGGAGCGUGUAUGGGGGUGCAGGAGGCCACGGAGUCCGUAUCUCCACUGUGUCAAGUACCUUUGCAGCUGGUGGUGGUGGUGGUGGAGCAGGUUAUGGCUUUGGAGGAGGCGCUGGUGGUGGAGCAGGCUUUGGAUUUGGUAGUGGCGCUGGAGGAGGCAAUAUGGACCUCAACGUGUCUGUCAAUGAGAAAGCAACGAUGCAGAACCUGAACGACCGUCUGGCAACUUACCUGGAGAAGGUUCGCACUUUGGAGAAGGCCAAUGCAGAUCUCGAACUGAAGAUCAGACAGUUUCUGGAGAGCAAAACCUCGCCUGCUGCAAGAGAUUAUUCUGCUUACCAGGCCACAAUCAGCGACCUGCAGGAUAAGAUCCAAGAUGCCACCCGUGUCAAUGGAGGAGUCUACCUGGCCAUUGAUAACGCAAAAUUAGCCGCUGAUGACUUCAAGACCAAGUAUGAGAAUGAGUUGGGCAUGCGUCAAUCUGUGGAAGCAGAUAUUGCUGGGCUGAAGAGACUCCUGGAUGAGCUCACAUUGGCAAGAUCUGACCUGGAAAUGCAGAUUGAGGGCUUAAAGGAGGAACUUAUCUUCCUCAAGAAGAACCAUGAGGAGGAACUGGCAGCCAUGCGCUCUCAAAUGACUGGUUCAGUGAACGUGGAGGUGGAUGCGGCUCCUCAGGAAGAUCUGAGCCGUGUGAUGGCUGAGAUUCGUGAGCAGUAUGAGGCCGUCGCUGCCAAAAACCAACGUGAACUAGAGGCCUGGUUCAAAACCAAGUCAGAGACACUGACUAAAGAGGUUGUGGCCAGUACAGAGACCAUACAAAUGUCCAAGUCUGAAAUGACAGAGCUUCGACGCACCCUUCAGGGCCUAGAGAUCGAGUUACAAUCUGAACUCAGUAAAAAAGGGUCUCUUGAGGCAACUCUUAGGGACACAGAAGCGCGGUACUCCAUGCAGCUGUCUCAACUGCAGGCUCACGUAACAAGUCUGGAGGAGCAGAUUAUUCAGCUCCGAGCCGACAUGGACAGGCAGUCUCAGGAGUACAAAAUCCUGCUGGACAUCAAGACCCGGCUGGAGAUGGAAAUCGCUGAGUACAGGAGACUGCUGGAUGGAGAAUCAAGCAGUUUUAGUGUAGGAGGAGGAGGAGGAGUGAGCUCUACCAAAACCGUCAAGGUGAAGACCAUUGUUGAAGACAUUGUUGAUGGAGAAGUGGUGUCAACUACUACAAAAUAAACACCAUCAAAGACCGCCCAUCCAUACCUAUCACACAAGUCUUCAGGCCUUGUGCUGCACUAUUGUUAAGAAUAAAAUCAGUGAUGGCGCAGAAA